AUGAGUCAUCAGGUUGUGUGUGAAUCAGAUGAAUGUCGGCAAAACCAAGCAUUUGCUAUUAGGAGUGGUUUAAGGACAUUCUGCACCUCUGCCACAAUAACUGAAAUUUUGAAGGACGUUCUGGCUAAAAUGUUCCGAAGAAAGUGGUUUGGUGAAAAUAGAAAGCAAGAGUGCCUAAAACGCCAGAAAGAAGCUCACACACUGAACAUUCCACCCAUCGCGGUGAACUUAGGACUAUUUCACAGGGUUGGGGAGGUGGGAUCCAGCUCAGACUGCUCUCGAGUUCCUGGGUGUAAAAAGACGCUGAUUGGCUCGUGGGAUCGAAGGAUGACCACUGAGCCUCGGGUCCCUGAGCUGUGUGAGGAAUCGCCACUGAGCUCUUCUGUCAGACAAUUGCAGCGUCAUAAUGUUGGGGAGAAGGGACCUCAAAUUUCACCAUCAACAAAAAUGGCAAAUGGAUACAUUUUGCCAGAAGGAAAAGUCACACCGAAUACAAUUUUUGUUGGUGGAAUUGAUAUGAAGGUGGAUGAACGUGAAAUCAGGGAUUUCUUUGCAAGAUACGGGUCAGUGAAGGAAGUUAAAAUAAUCACUUACAGAGGAGGUAUAUGCAAAGGGUAUGGGUUUGUCUCAUUUGAGGAGGAUGUGGAUAUUCAAACUAUUGUUGAUCAACAGAUCAGUUUUAAAGGCAGAAAGUUGAAACUUGGACCAGCAAUAAUGAAAGAAAGAAUGCCAUGUUCCAGUCAGAGUCUUGGACCUGAACAGUGGAUGCAGGCUCCUUCACAACAGGUGUAUUGUGUGUGUAACAACCAGAUGAUGGAAAAUGUUAUGCAGCCUUUUCCUGUUAUGAGCCCAGGAAACCAGUAUGUCCAGCCAUAUACUUACCCGGGUUUCCCAGCAGUUGUGAUGCCAGAGAUGCCUAUGGGCUAUUCUCAGAAUGCUUAUGCAUAUCAGUAUGCUGCCCCACAGUGGCCUGCAGGAGAUCAUAGGACGAGAUUGGUAAACCAGAGUUUUGUCGACUGUGGUGUGCAGACAGUGCUGACCCUAUUAUAA